AUGCUGAUCGGUGUCCGCACUAAAUUCGGCAUCAACAUGGCGAGCUGCAGGGACCCUCAGCCCAGCAGGCUUCCCAAGUUGCUUCUGCUCAUCUACCUGUGCUUGAUCGACCCCACGUUCUCUGAUAUUCCCAGUGUAAUUAGGGUUACCAGCCUCCCGACGGAACUGGGGGAUUUCCCAGAAUUGCAGCUCAUUUCCAGAGACGUCCAUCGCCCAGUGCUGAACAACCUCUUUGUACGUUACAGAGAAUCUCCUGGCCCGAUUUGUGUCUCCCUGGCGGCCACGCUGUGGAUAUCUAUGGCGACAUGUGUAUCUAAAGAUCACAGCCAGAUGCAGUGUCAACCCUCCCAGCCUUGGCAGAGUCUUUUAACCCUCUGGGGCGAGUUGCGGUGGUGUGGAGGAUCCCUGAUCAAUGACCGCUGGAUCAUCUCCGCAGCCCAUUGCUACAAAAACCCCCGCACUCUCGUCGCACACCUUGGUGAACACGACACCUCCGUCGAGGAAGGUACAGAGCAGCACAUCCAGGUGGAAAAGGCCAUCCGCUAUCCCCAGUACAACGAGCGUACCAUCGAUAACGAUUUCAUGUUGAUCAAACUGGCCCAGCCAGUCCGUUUCAGUGCCUUUGUGCAACCCAUCGACAUUUCCCAAAGCUGCCCCGUGGCUGGGGAAAACUGUCUCGUCUCAGGCUGGGGUAACACGCUAACAACGGGAGUGUUCUACCCAAACAAUCUCCACUGCCUGGAUGUGCCCAUUCUCUCCACAUCUACCUGCCAAGCGGCCUACCCCGGUCGCAUCACAUCUAAUAUGUUCUGUGCCGGCUACGUAGAGGGAGGAAAAGAUUCCUGCCAGGGAGACUCCGGUGGGCCACUGGUGUGCAACGGCAAACUGUCUGGCGUGGUGUCCUGGGGGAUGGGUUGCGCCCAGAAGAACUAUCCUGGCGUUUGCUCUCCACGAGAACCGGUGUUUCAACUGAAACGCUGCUGCGAAAAUGGGCGCUGCUUGACGUUGGCAUGCCAAGAACGUGGUAUAAAAUGUGGCAGCCAGGUGAUCCGAAAUUGA